CCAGUGCCUCCCAGUGCCACGGGGUCCCUGGCACCAAAGGAUACUGAGAUCCUGUAAGUCUCCCCGACACCAAGGGAUACCCAAAGAGGUGCUCAUCUCCCAGGGAUGCCCAUCACUCAGGGGUCCCUGGACGCAGUGGGUUCCCACCACCCAGGGGUCCCCACGGGGUACCCCGCACCCAGGGCCGCCCCCUGCGACCCCACCCCAGCAGAGCAGCGCUUUGAGCGGGAGGCAGCCGCUGCACAGCCGGGCUGCAGGCGUCGCAUCCUCCUCCUCCUCUUCCUCCUCCUCCUCCUCCUCCUCCUCCCGCGAGGCCGCAGGCGGCUCCCGCACACCCUGAGCGCUCGGCUGCAGCCGGUUGCGGCGGGAGGCGGUCGCUGUAGCAACGCGGUGCUGCGCAGGGGAGGGAUGCGGGGCGCGGGGAUGGCAACCGGCCGACGGGAGAAGCGGCGUGCUGAGGGUCCUGCGCUGCCCUGAAGCCCUCGUCAGCAUCAUCCCCGUGCCCUCAGCCCCACGUUCGCACCCCAUUCACCCCCCCGGUUCCAUUGCAGCAGCAGCAGCAGCCGCAGCCCAGCGCCGCCGGAGCGCCCAGAGGGAUGCGGACCCACAGACACAGCGGACCCUGUGACUGACGCAGCCCCCCCGGCGCACAGCUGAAUGGAAAGGGUGCAGAAGCAACCGCUGACCUCCCCUGGGAGCGUCUGCUCCUCGCGUGGCUCCAGCGUCCCCGGAUCGCCCUCCAGCAUCGUGGCCAAGAUGGACAACGAGGUGCUGGGCUACAAGGACCUGGCUGCCAUCCCCAAGGACAAAGCGAUCCUGGACAUCGAGCGCCCCGACCUGAUGAUCUACGAACCCCAUUUCAGCUACUCCCUGAUGGAGCACGCGGAGCUGCCCCGCAGCCGCGAGCGCUCCCUGUCGCCAAAAUCCAUCUCUCCUCCUCCGUCCCCAGAGAUGAUCCGUGAGUGGUUGGACAGCCGGACCCCCGGCGGCACCUCGCAGCCCCCGCCCCGCACAGCGCCCGGCACGGCCCGCAGCAGCGUGCAGCACUUCCACCGGCCCGAGACCGACACGACGGAGCUCAACAUCUACAAGAAACCCCCCAUCUACCGGCAGAAAGACCCCCACCCUACAGCGCACCACGGCAAGCACCUCAUCGAGGAUCUGAUCAUCGAAUCCUCCAAAUUCCCGGCCGCGCAGCCCCCCGACCCCAACCAACCCGCCAAGAUCGAGACCGACUACUGGCCGUGCCCCCCGUCCCUGGCCGUCGUGGAGACGGAGUGGAGGAGGAGGAUGGCAUCGAAGAGAGGGGAGGAGGAAGAGGAGGAUUUGACGGAGGAGAUGAAGAACCUGAGGGAGCUGCAGAGGCAGGAGCUGAGCAAGGUGACCUCCAACCUGGGGAAGCUGAUCCUAAAGGAGGAGAUGGAGAAAUCCCUCCCCAUCCGGAGGAAAACCCGCUCGCUGCCGGACCGGACGCCCUUCCACACGUCGCUGCACAUGGGCAGCUAUAAGAGCUCCUCGCUGCCCGCCUCCGGCCGCAGCACCCUCACCAGGCUGCAGUCAGCAGAGUUCAGCUCAACGAGCAGCGAGAAGGGGAGUCCAGGGCUGCAGGUGAGCGUUCAGCUGGAGGAUGGAGCGGGAUGAGGGGGUGACACUGGGGUGACAUUUUUGGGGGUGGGGGGGUUGCGGUGCCAGGCGUG